CAUGCAUAGGAGGCUGAGCGUUAAUCAGGUUCUGCCUCCCUUAGCGCACAGCCUUGGCGGCUGGUGCAUUUUUGGUACCCAGCAAUGCAGCACCGAAAUCCUUCGGAAAGCCGAGGAGCUUCUGCAGAUGCCUGACUGGAUGGUUACUCCUUGCUGCUGCUUUUUUGGGGGUGGGGGUGGGGGUAGGACCCUUCUGCUGUCCUUCUGGACAGGCUGUUGCACGGUGGCCACUUCUCUUCUGGCACCAGAGGAGGAGAAUUUUUUCUUGCAACACUUUUCUUGGCUGCUGUGCUUGGGACUACCCUGGAUGUGGCACUUAUGAAAUUCCCCUUUGCUGGAUAAACACAUCCUUCCUCUCCCUCCCCCCCUCUGUUCCCAGAGCUAAAUUAGUUGACUCUCUAAUCGUUAUCCUUCUUUCCUUGUUUCCCGUUCCUCCCCUCCUUUUGCCUUGGGGGAGCUCCGGUGGAUUUCGACCCACUUACCCAGAAUUAAGAAUUUCUGGUUUUUAAUUUGCUGACAUUUUCUUCGUCCUUUUUGGUGGUGAGAAGUGGGGGGAGUGAGCACGUGUCUUUGGCCCUUUGGCUGGCUGCUUCCAUCCCUCCCCCCAGCCCCCCCAGUCCUCCCCCAAUCUGUGCCAUACGCUUUGCAGACCUUGGGAAAGUGCCCAAUUUGACUCUUCCCUCCAAGGAUGUGGGGACUGAGCAACGAGAGAGAAAAAUGAGCUGCCUUGGGAUCUUCAUCCCCAGGAAACACCGGCAGCGCUUUGAUGAGGUGGUAUCCCAGAGUCUCAUCAGCAAGCUGUGCCGAUCCAAGAGGGAACAGCCGGCCAACCGCCUGAGACGGAGCCGCAGUGAAGACCACCACGAGCGCUUGCUGGUCUCCACCCGGGCCAGCUCGGUGCCCCGGAGCCAGGAGGAGAAUUGCCUGAGCUUGAGGAAAUCCGCCACCCUGAUUGGCAGCAAUGUGGGAACAGGGGCAGCUUGCAGAACCGUCCGGGUCUACAAGGGCAGCAGAAGUUUCGGGUUCACGUUACGUGGCCAUGCCCCUGUGUGGAUCGAGUCCAUCUUGCCUGGGAGUCCAGCUGAGAAAGCAUCCCUGAAAGCUGGCGACAGAAUCUUGUUCCUGAAUGGCCUGGAUAUGAGGAACUGUUCCCAUGAGAAGGUGGUGUCCAUGCUACAAGGCAGUGGGGCAAUGCCCACCCUUGUGGUUGAAGAAGGCAUUGUUAGCUUUUCCAGUGAUGGCGAGUCCUCCGAAACACCCAGCUCCUCCUCAGCCCUCACCUCUUUGCAGUGGGUCGCUGAGAUCCUGCCCUCCAGCAUCAAGAUCCAGGGAAGGACCUUCCACCAGCAGCUGGAACAUCUGCUCACACCAGCAGAACGCUACACAGUCUGCAAAGCACUGGAGAGCUUCUUCCAGCACAGGAACAUUGACACCUUGAUUGUGGAUGUCUACCCUGUCCUGGACACCCCCUCCAAGCAGGUGAUCUGGCAGUUCAUCUACCAGUUGCUAACCUAUGAGGAGCAGGCCCACUGCCAGCAGAAGAUUGCCAGGUUCCUUGGCUACAAGUCCUUGGCAAUUGAGUCAUCUGAUGCUGCUGUUGCCGAACCCGAAGUAGAAGAGCAGCCACGGAGUUCCCUACGGACUGGCCCAGGGAGUCGGAAGAGUCUGCGUAGCCAUAGCCCCAAGGACAUUGAAGCCCGGGGUUCCAUUGAAGCCGCUGAGAUGCCCAGCCGUUUAGCUCCUGGAGAACGCCAAGCAGGUGAUGGAACCUCUCUUCCAGAGACCCCCAACCCCCAAAUGAUGUCGGCAGUCUAUGCUGAGCUGGAAAGUCGCCUGACAGCUGGUUUUGGAGGGAAGUUGGGCCGCCUGCCUGUGUGCCGGACAUCAUCUCUGGCUUCAGAACCUGCAGGUACCCGCAAAUCAGGAUUGACUAUUUCCUGGCAGAAUGAUCCUGCUCUGCAGCCUUGCUAUUACCACUCGCCUGGUGGCCUCCCUUCCCCCUGCAGCACAGACUCAAACCCCUACGUCAGCCUGGACAGCAGCCCAGCCUUGUCACCUAAGCUGAGUCCCCUGUCUCGCCGGAGGAAGCUCUUCACCUUCUCGCGGCCGCCACGCAGCCGGGAUACAGACCGCUUCCUGGAUGCGCUGAGUGAGCAGCUGGGCCAUCGCAUCACCCUGGUGGACGACUUCCUGGUGCCUGAGAACGAUUACGAGGAGAUGAGUUUCCACGAUGACCAGGGCAGCUACAUGGCCAAUGACCGCAGCAGUGCCAGCGACGGCUUGAGCAGCAGCGAAGGGAGUUCCCUGACCUACUCCAUCUUGUCAGACCACCUCCCCCCACCUCCGAUCAGCCCACCCCCCAGACCUCCGCAGUUCCACGACCCCCAGGAAGAGCCCAGGGCCAUGGAGGCAGCCCAGAGCGGUCCCUCCGGCCCCCACCCCACAGCUCAGCUCACCCUACCUCCUCCCCCUCCUCCCCCUCCCCUUCCUCCCCCAAUGCCCUGUGUGCCCCCUCCGAUGCUACAAGGAAGCGUUCACCACAGGAAUGAGUCCAACCACAUGAGUGUUAAGCGGCUGCGCUGGGAGCAGGUGGAGAACUCGGAAGGCACCAUCUGGGGUCAGCUCGGGGAGGAUUCGGACUAUGACAAGCUAAGCGACAUGGUCAAGUACCUGGAUCUCGAGCUGCAUUUUGGAACCCAGAAGCCAGCGAUUUCUCUUCCAGAGCCGAGCCCCUUGCCGGAGCCCCUUAAAAAAAAGCACCUGGUUGAGAUUCUGUCCCACAAAAAGGCCUACAACACAGCCAUCUUGAUUGCGCACCUCAAGCUCUCGCACAUCGAGCUGCGCCGGAUCCUCCUGAGCAUGGACAGCGACCGCCUGGAAGCCUCCCACAUCAAGCAGCUGCUGCUCUUCGCGCCUGACGCCAAGGAGGUGCAGCACUUCCACAGCUACCAGGGAGACCCCAGCAAGCUGAGCGAGCCGGACCAGUUUGUCCUGCAGAUGCUUUUGGUGCCUGAGUAUAAAACCCGCCUGUGCAGCCUUCACUUCAAGACAACCCUGCAGGAGAAGGUGGAGGAGAUUACGGCCAGCUAUGAGUGCAUCUACAAUGCUUCCCUGGAACUGAAGAAUAGCAAGAAACUGGCCAAAAUCUUGGAGUUUGUGCUGGCCAUGGGCAACUACCUAAACCAUGGGCAACCCCAAACCAACAAAACAACCAGCUUUAAAAUCAAUUUCCUCACAGAGCUGAACACAACAAAAACUGUCGAUGGGAAAUCCACGUUUCUGCAUAUUCUUGCCAAAUCGCUUAGCCAACAUUUCCCAGAGCUCCUGGGCUUUGCCAGGGAUUUGCCCACAGUGCCACAUGCUGCCAAAGUGAAUCAGAGAACAUUAACAGCUGACCUCAGCGACCUUCAUCGCACUGUCCACGAGAUUGAAAUCGCCUGCCAGAAUAUGGUGCCUUCAUCACCUGAGGACAGAUUUGUGCCUGUGAUGGAUGCCUUCCUGGAGAGUGCAGAUCCCACCAUCCAGUCCCUCGAUGAUCUCCAGCAUAAAGCCAUGGAAGAAUUCAGGAAAGUUUUGUCCUUCUUUGGGGAAGACUCCAAAGUCACAACCUCUGAGGACUUUUUUGGCAUAUUUGCUGAGUUCAUGAGCAAAUUUGAGCGGGCCUUCAACGAUGUGCAGGCCAAUGAGCCCUUGUGCAGCCCGAAGAUGAUCCCCCCUCUUGCCUGGUGACCGGAGGGUUGAAGAAAGACUGCAGCACGGUGCUUUCUUGCCCACAGUUUGGCUGCUUUGAGUCCAGCCUGGCGGUCAGUGCAAAGCAAGUUUCUUCUCAGCGUGGAAGCAGCGUUGCUGGAGGCCGGCAGAGGACGUGUCUGUGUCCAUUUCUAUGGAAACUGCCUUCAAAAAAAGAGAAGGGGGCUAGCUGCAGAAUUCCACACACUUCUCCCCACCAGAGACAUAUUUUCCCCCCCCACAGAGAUAUUCCGUGGUUGCUAAACUUGAGUGCUAGAAUCCAAGGUGUAAGGAAGGAGGCAUGGACAAAGCUGCCCUGGCUUCCCUCUUACUUUUCAUGGCCUUUCUGGGAACUCCUUUAUGUCAGGGAGCUGCCACCUUGCCUGCAGGUGGCAUUUGGGAACAGUCAACCUGUACAGGGCUUGCCUGGUGCCCCUUUGCUCCAAAAGGAACCAAUUUGCUCCCUUCUCCUGCCUCCUGGUCUUGCCAGUGGUUGCAAACGUAGCCAGCCAGUCUUUCGUUCCAGUCAAUUCUCUCGGGAAAAUAGAUCUCUAAAGGAAGUGACCCACACAGGCAGGAUGGGGGCUGAAGCCCUCUCUCUAGAGCUGAAUGGGGAAGUGCCCUCACCCUACCCAGCAUCUGGUGCCUGUUCCACACACCAGGUUCUGCUCUGCUGUCUCUUGGCCAAAUGUCUGGGAGCAGAAGGUUACUUGAUUUGUUGGGUUGCCAACUCAGAAUUCCUUGAGGAGUUCGAGGCAGCUCGUGUGAGGAAUACGAUUCCUUUUAAGCGCAAGCAGUGACCCUGUUACGGCCCAGGGUGCCUAGGCAGAAGCUGGCAUCUCUAGAGACCUUUAUUGGUCUGAUUAAAGGCCACGUCAGACGGCCCUACAACAGCCUGGUAAGGCUCCACCCAGGGGUGAAAUCCAGCAGGUUCUGACAGGUUCUGGAGAACCGGUAGCGGAAAUAUUGAGUAGUUCAGAGAACCGGCAAAUGCCACCUCUGGCUGGCCCCAAAGUGGGGUGGGAAUGGAGAUUUUUGCAAUAUCCUUCCCCCAUGAGUGAGGAGGGAAUGGGGAUUUUGCAGUAUCCUUCCCCUGGAGUGGGGAGGGAAUGGGGAUUUUGCAGUAUCCUUCCCCUGCCAUACCCACCAAGCCAUGCCCACCAAGCCACACCACACCCACCAAGCCAAUUGGAUUUCACCACUGGCUCCACCCCACACUCCCCUAAAGGCAGCCCCCCUCAGUCCCCAAAAGCCAGUAAACAACAAAAGAAGUCCAAAGAGAGGGGGCAAGGUCCAGAGUCCAGGUGCAAAGGCCAAAGGGAAGUCCACAAGGCAAGAGCAUGAGACAAAGCCGGGGUGGGUGGGGGGUGGGGGGAUGGAGACCUUAAUCCAAAACAAUGGUUCCUGGCAAAGACUAACUCCCCAUGGCUUCUCCUGAAGUCACUCCACUCCAGGUGUUCCUUGUGAGGAGGGAUGGGGCCACCUUCACCCGAGUAGCCUGGCAGCUCUUCUCUGGGCUUCCCUAUACUCCCCACUCCGUGCCCUUGGAUCAAAUGGGGGAGGCAGCUGCUGCUCAUCAGAGGGGAUCCGCUGCCUCUCAGCACCACUGCCUGUCUGCAGCCGAUCCUCCCCUGUGUCUGUGAAGGCAGGCAGCUCUCUGUCUGGUCGACCACCUCCCCCAAUGCCUGAGGGGCCUGGGACAGCAUCAUCCUCAGGUCCUGGCCUCUCCAAGUAUGCCAAGGGAGACGUGCCAUCCCUGUCUGACAGUCCCAACUCCUCCUCCUUCUCUUCCUCCUCCUCUUCUCCUCUUCUCCUUCUCCUCCUCCUCCU